ACGAUCCAAGUCUGGUUUCUUCAGCAGCGGAGAGACCAUCGCCUCUUUUAAACCCUCUGGAAAAACUCCUUGCUCAAGGGAGCUAUUUAUUAUAUUCAACAGAGGUUCACGUAAUCCCUCCAGGCAAGAUCUUACUAGCCAGGAGGGACACGGAUUGAGGGAGCAGGUGGUCGGCCUAGUUGCAGUCAUCUGGUGGCACAAGCUAUACCUGGUACUACCCAGAUGACGGUCAGAAGCAUCAUCUUUAGCACAUAAUUUUAGUUCGAGCCACAAUAUUGUCUCCUGUGCAAAAGCAAACUUUUACCUUUAUUUUUCCUUCAUUUACAAUGUAAUGUCUUCCUGUCCUUGUUGCCUUUCUAUGAAUCUGCUGCAGUUUGCCAAUGUCCUUUCUAAAAUGGACUGAACUGAGCAGAACUGGGCAGGAAUCAUGUCUCCCACCCAAGGGUGCUGUUGGAGUGCAGAAGGAUCUGGAGGGCAGCAGGAUUCCCACUCACCCUGGGGGUCUAUCCAUCUGUCUCCUCUAUACCGCCUUCUCUCAUGUACUGCUGCUAGGCUGAGUGCCUUGGCUCUGGCUGAAGUUACAUACCUUUGUGGUAUAGGUUUUGUAAGAAUGCAGUAUGUCAAGGAACUUUGUGGCCUAAUGUGCUCUCAGUGUCUCCAGGCGCCUUGCUUUAGAAACGUGGGGCAGGGAUCACGCUGCAGGGAAAGAGAGGAUCAGGGAAAUAUCUUUUUCCCGAGUUGGGAGAAAUCUACACAAGAAAAUGAAGUAUUUUUCUCCCAAGACUGAUCACUUGGGAUAGUCUGUCCAUACAGAUGGCCACUCAGAUUUUGAGUGGAGAUGUGAAGAAGCGGGAUCUAGGUAGGAAAUGCUUUGCAUCGUUAGCCCCUUUCCAUGUUGACCAUAUUAUUAGAGGCCUUCCUUUACCAAGGUUGGAUUAGACACAGGAUCUUAGGCCGCUAUCCCCUUUGCAGGGAUUGUUCUUUGUUGGGCAAGUGUUAAAGUGCUUCUCAGGAGGCAACGGGCUCAUACCAGUUGGGCCAGUCUUUCUCCCCUCUUCCCCUGUGAUUGCUACAGCACUAGGCUAUUGUUCUUCAUGUUCAAUGAGAUCUUUCUGUACUCUGCUCCUAAUAAGAUUUUCCUCUUAUUCAUCUCGCAGGUAACCUCUAAACGAACCUUAUGAAGAAAACAUUGCCGUUUGCCUUACGUCUGAAAGGAAAGUACGCAGGAUUAACAAGAACAAGAAAUAAAUUGGAGAAAUUAUAUUUCAAGCUACAUACCUUUAAAUGUAAGGAAAGGGAGGAUUGUGCUGUAAAAAGAGGGGUUGGUAAAGAGAAAAUAAGGCUACAGCAAUACAGAGACUGGGAAGAGGAAAUGUCCUAUUCAAGAGUCCAUAUCUGUGAACUUCAGGCAUAAUAUUAGAAUAAUAAAUGUUAAAAAAAAUGGAAACUUCAUUGUCAAAAUCACACACAGGGGAGAAGCGACAUAAUUGUAAGGACUGUGGGAAAUGUUUCAUUGAGAGAAGUUCUCUUGCUAAACAUCAACGAACUCACACAGGAGAGAAGCCAUAUAAAUGUGUGGAAUGUGGAAAGAGCUUCAGUCAGAGUGGAAAUCUACGCACCCAUCAAAGGACUCACACAGGGGAGAAACCACAUACAUGCAUGGAAUGUGGAAAGAGCUUCAGUGAGAGUGGAAAUCUACGCACCCAUCAAAGGAUCCACACAGGGGAGAAACCACAUAAAUGCAUGGAAUGUGGAAAGAGCUUCAGUCAGAGUGGAAAUCUACGCACCCAUCAAAGGAUGCACACAGGAGAGAAGCCACAUACAUGCAUGGAAUGUGGAAAGAGCUUCAGUCAGAGUGGAAAUCUACGCACCCAUCAAAGGACUCACACAGGGGAGAAGCCACAUACAUGCAUGGAAUGUGGAAACAGCUUCAGUCAGAGUGGACAUCUGCGUAUCCAUCAAAAGAGUCACACAGGGGAGAAGCCACAUAAAUGCAUGGAAUGUGGAAAGAACUUCAGUAACAGUUCGAAUCUUCGUACCCAUCAAAAGAUUCACACAGGAGAGAAGCCACAUAAAUAGGACAAGUGCAAAGAAGCCAGAAUGUUUGUCCAAAGAACUUCUAACGACUAUGCCUUAAAAUAGACAUGAACAGGAAGUGGAAGGGGAAGAAAUCACAAAAUCAUAUAACCAUAGAGUUGGAGGAGACCUCAUGGGUCAUCUAGUCCAACCCCCUGCCAAGAAGCAGGAAAUUCCAUUCAAAGCACCUCGUUCGGCAGUGGAACUCUCUCCCCCGGACUGUGGUGGAGGCUCCUUCUUUGGAGGCUUUGAGGCAGAGGCUGGAUGACCAUCUGUCGGGGGUGCUUUGAAUGCGAUUUCCUGCUUCUUGGCAGGGGGUUGGACUGGAUGGCCCAUGAGGUCUCUUCCAACUCUGGGAUUCAAUGAUUCUAUUAUUUAAAGUGAGUAAAUCGAGAUAAAAAUCAGCAUAGAGCAAGAGUUUUGUAAAUUUGUUUUUCUAUUAGUUUUCUUAUUUUUAUGUAGGUUAUGUGUCCUUGAAUCUUUAAUGUUUCUUAUGUAGUCCUUUCUUUAAAAAUGCCAAAAUUGUAAUUUAUAUUAAGAAUUAUCAGAACAACCUAUUAAGAGGACAGAAAUAAAGCCAGGAAAGCUCCAGGUCUGGACGGAUUGGGAACAGAAUAUUACAAAAGUAUUAGAGAAAUACUGACUGCAACAAUAUUAGAAUUGUAUAUUGGAAUAAUGAUUGUGGAGAAAAUACCAGAAUCGUGGAGGAAGUCAUUAAUAAUAUUAAUAUGAAAAGAUUUAACAGACCCAGGGUCUUACAGGCCUACAUCAUUAGUUAAUCAGGAUGAAAGGUUUUUAUCAGUUAUAAUAGCCAAUAGAAUGAAUAAAUUCAUGUACAAGUAUAUAUGAAAAGAUCAAUCUGGGUUUGUAAAAGGAAGACAAAUGUUACGUUUGAUAGGGAGAGUAUGAAACAAAAUAUGUGUGUCUCAAGAGAGGAAGUUAAAAGUGGGGAUACUAGCAUUCGAUAUAUUUAAUGCUUUGAUUGUGUAGCAUGGCAGAUAAUAAGUGAGACUAUGAAUUAAUUUGGAAUGGGAAGUAGAAUAAAAGGAUGAUUAGAACAAUUUUAUUUGCUAUGGUGAUAGAAUUAUUUGCAAACGCCAUCCAAAAAGGUAAGAAUGUAGAAGGUGUAAGAAUAAAGGAAAAGCAGAAGGUGAGCUUAUUUGCUGAUGACACAUUGUUAUUGAUUAAAUAUCUGGGUAGGUCAAAUGGAUAGGAGAGAGGAUCAUUGAAAGAUAUUUGGGAAAACAACGGGUUUAUAUUAUACAAAGAAAGAAGAAAAAGACUUUAUAGAACAGAGCCAUACGGUAAUUAGAAUCAAGAACAAACUAAAAUACCUGGGAAUAAGUAUAACAAAGGACUUAAAAGAAAUAGAAGAGGUAAAUGUAGUAGCAUUGAGGAAAAUAGUUCGGAAAAAUUAAUACACAUCUAUCUUGGUUUGGAAAGACAGCAAUACUAAAAAUGAAAAUGCUUCUGAGGAUAAACUUUAUACUUACAUAUACCUUAUAUUUAUAAUGCCAUUUCAGAUUACAGAAGAAGAGUUGAAUACAUGAUUUCUUUGCAACAUUUCUACCCCACCUUUCUCCACCCCAAAGGAGACUCAUUUGGACAAAUGAUAAAUACUGUAAUGGCAGUCAAAGAAAUUGACGAAACAAGUUACAGAACAGAUCUCAAAAAGAAGAAGGAUUAGCGCUUCCUCAUAUCAAAAAUAUUAUAAAGCAAACAGACUGAGAUUGGUUAUACAAGGAAUGAUGAAAAGGAGGAUGUAGAAUAAUUAAUAAUGGAUUCAGGAAAAGCGGAGGAAAAAAUUCGGAAUAUGUUUUAAAAUAGUUUAUGAGAAAAAAAAAAUAAGGUAAACUGGGAACCCAAUGUUGAGUAAUGCAUUAGAAAUAUGGAACAAAUACAGGAGAAAGUUAAUAACAGAUGGCUCAAUAAUAACCCCAAUUAUAAUGGAAAAGACAUUUCCAAAAAAUAAAAAAUAUAUAUGAUGGAUAAAAAAAUUAAGGGGAAAAACUUAGAUAAAAUAGGGCAUUGGCCAAAGGUUGGAAUGAAGAAAGAAAAGAUUAGGAACAUAAAAAUUUGAAAGGAAUAUCCAGUAAAAUUUCUAAAAUAUUAAUUGAAAAAAAA